AUGCCUGCGGGCAGGGCCCCUCAGCCGGCCUAUGUCGAGGACUUCGACGAGGAUGCACAUGGCAUCGUACCCGAUAGCCGGCACUCAGCCAAUGCUACAGCCAACACGGCUGUCAAAAUCUCCUCCAGGUUGGAUCAAAGAUUCCCAGCGGAGCCGCUGAUCGACGGCGCCAGUGACUCAGGGUAUUCUAGUCGUACCGCCGCCACAGCCAACAGCACCCAAUCUGGCCCGUCGGGCGGAAGAAGUCCCCCAGUUCCUCUUAAGCUGGACAUGCCCAAGCAACGCACCGAGCUAGCUAGGAAAAACUCCAGCCGCAGAGAACGAAAGGACAAGGAACGAGAACGCGCUCGACCAGAGCACGUCGAGAAGCAGAUGGGUACUCAUCCCCACCAGCAUGCUCACGUGCAAAGGUCGUCGUCCAAGUCCCGCCGUCGUGACUCUGCCCACAUUCGACACUAUCCACCAGAAGUUUACUACGAAGGCUCUGCUCCCUAUCACCAACAGCCAUCCACCCCCGUCGAACGUCCUCCCAUGGACUACCCUCCUUACCACUUCGCGCGGCCACCAGUGCCAGACUACCCGCCGUCCUCGCCGCAGACAGCCCGCUAUCCAUGGGCUGUUGAGGAAUACCACCGCCCAGCAAGUCGACCUACUCGCUCAAAUUCAUAUCGUUCUGGUAUGUAUCACCCGGAACGUCCCAUGAGUAUGCAUGGUGGGAUGAUGGGUCCGCCACCGACACCCAUGUAUCAUCACCAACCUUCGUACUAUGAGCAUGGCCCUCCACCAGCAACCUCGGCCUAUGUCAGUCAAUAUGCAUCGUCUCCAUACGGUGGUUCUUACUAUGGCAGCUCUGAGUAUGCUCCAACUGCGGACUACCCACGGGAACGAUCUCACUCUCGAACGCGAGAACGAUCUCAACAACCCCGGGCCCGUCGCUCGUCUUCCAUCUAUGGGCAACCACCGAUGGACCACAGCGUCUUCCCAGAGUGGAUGGAUGAGCCGGAGCAGUUCGAUCAAUGGAUGCCCGAGGAACCCCCUCGAGAGAUGCCUCGCGAAUACCGGCGUGAAAGGGAAAUGCCCCGGGAGUACCAUCGUGAGAGGGAAGUCCCUCGUGAAUAUCAUCGUGACGUUCAUCACGAAGCACCCCGCGGACGUGCCCCGAAGCCCGCUCGUGACGAGGACUACUACAAGAUGCCUCCACCUCCUCCGCCAGCGCCCAAGCGCAAGGCCCAGGUUCACCAGGCGAAACAACCCGAACGACCUGAACUAUCACGCAAAGUCCAUACCACCCAAGCUAUUCCACAGCAGCGCCGUCAAUCCCGCACCUCGAUGGACAUGAGCGAGAUGGCUGCUGCGUUGCCAGAGUAUACCCGACGCGUGUCUCGGGAGACUAGGAUGCCCGAGCGCAGCCACAGUCUCCGUGAGACCAAGCGAUCAAACUCAUACCACGACAGCGCCCGCGGCGCCCAGAUUGCAGUUGAAAGCUCCCGCCGUCGUCGUCGUCCAACAGAGUAUUACUACGACGUCGACGACGUGGGCAGCACCGGCACAGCAGGCGGUCUGGAAGACCGCGAACGCGAAGUUGAACGCUACCAAGCGCGACAGUCCGGCCGGACAAACACGAUGCCCGCCUCCGCCGAAGCCCUCCUCACCAAGAGCGCCGUCGGCGCAGGCAGUGACAACGGCAGUCAAAAGAGCCGGUCGAACAGCAGCCGGGGCAGCGGCAGCGGCAAUGGCGAAAGCAAGAAUAUGAACCUCAUGGUGAACGGAUUAACCAUCGGAUUCACGGAAGACUCCGUCGCGGGCAAGAACAUUAGCAUUCGUGCCGGAGAUACCGGCCGUGUGCAGUUAUCUAUUGCCGGUGACCGGAGGCCUAAGCAGUACCUCACGAGUGGCUCUUCGUAUUCCGAUCAGACGGGCCGUUCUGGCCGGCGAGAGUUGGAGGAGGUGCCGCGACGCGCGCGUGAUGAUCGUCGCUCGGAACGUGCGAGCCAUCGCUCGAGUCAGUCGAGUUAUGGCGGUAAUCGUCGGUAUGCGAUGUAA